GGUUGGUACUUUUUAAAACAAACAAUUUUAAAAUCGUUGACAUUUUGUCCGUUGAUAAAAUGUAAAUAUAGUUAUAAUUAUUUAAAUGUACACAGUUUUAUCAUUAGUAAAGUGAAAAUAUAAUUUUUGUGAACAAUGUCGUCUAGAAAACGUAAACUUUCGGACGAAGUAGAAAACGAUGAGAACGAGGACGAUUGUUUUUCUGACGAGGAAGGAACCAGAGUUGACGGCAUUUAUAUUCCACCCCCAACAAAACCGACCCUUUCGUUCGACCCUACAGGCCCCAGAUUAAUUAUAACCAAAAUUGUUAAUAACUACUUCAAGAGUUAUGCUGAGGAACAAGUGCUUGGACCAUUUCAUAAAUGUUUUAAUGCCAUUGUGGGUCCCAAUGGAAGUGGUAAAAGUAAUGUUAUUGAUUCCAUGUUGUUUGUAUUUGGUUAUCGAGCAAAUAAAAUAAGGUGUAAAAAGGUUUCAGUAUUGCUCCAUAAUUCUGAAAAUCACAGAAAUGUACAAAGUGGAACUGUGGCCGUUCAUUUUGCUGAAAUCAUUGAUAGGGAUGGGGAUAACUAUGAUAUUGUACCUGGCAGUGAGUUUGUUGUGUCUCGUACAGCAAAUAAAGACAAUUCAUCCUUUUACACAUUAAACAGGAAAAAAGUACAAUUUAAAGAAGUUGGUGUUUUACUUAAAAAACAUGGCAUAGAUCUGGACCAUAACAGGUUUUUAAUUCUACAGGGUGAAGUGGAACAAAUUGCUAUGAUGAAGUGUAAGGCCGAAAAUGAACAUGAGUCUGGAAUGCUGGAAUAUUUGGAAGAUAUUAUAGGAACUUCCAGAUAUAAGAAACCAUUGGUACAGCUCCAUGAAAGAGUUGAAUUAUUAAAUGAACAAAGAACGGAAAAAUUAAACAGAUUAAGGAUAGUGGAAAAAGAGGUUGAAGAAUUGAGAGGUCCUAUGGAAGAAGCUGUUGGUUUUCUAAAAACUGAAAACACAAUUUCGAACUGCAAAAAUUUUAUUUAUCAAAAAAAUAUAAAAGAUUUAGAAAGUAAAGUGGUCUCUUCUAAAGAAGAGUAUGAUGAGAUUAAGGAAGCACAGACAAAAUUGGAAGAUAAGUUGACGGAAAUUACAAAAAAGAAGCAAGAAAAUGAUGAAGUGCUUAAAAAAGAAUCAAGCAAAUAUGAAUCAAUGCAAAAAAGAAAAGAGGGUAUUAAAGAAGCCUAUGAUAAAGCCAACAAGAAAGACAUCCAACUACAAGAAUCUAUGACUCAAAUGAACAACAAUCGUAAAAAAACAAAAGAGUUAUUAGCUGGGGAACAUAAAAAUCUUCAAAAACUUCUUAAACAGCCAGAAAAAAACAUUAAAGAUAUUGAGGAAUGUGAAAUUAAAGAAGCAGAACUUACAGAAAAGAAAGAAAGGUAUGAGGAUGAUAAAACCAAAUUGUUGGCCAGUUUACAGACUGAAACCAAAGUUUUGCAAGAAAAGAAAGAAGAAAUCCAAACUGAUUUGGUUGAACUAAAAAAAGCGGUGGAUGAGACAAGAUCAGCAUUUUCCUUGGCAGAGUCAGAGUUGAAAAUUUACGUCAGCAAUGAAGUAAAUGAAAGAACAAAAUUUGAAGAAUUGACAAAACUUUUUGUAACCAACAAUGAAACUGUGGAAGAAAGAACAGAAGCUGUAAAAUUACUCAAAACGAAAAUACCUGCGACUGAAAAGUCAUUAAAGGAAACAAAUGAUGAGUUAAACAAAGUUAAGCUGCAAGAGUCUAUGAUUAUUAAUGAAGUCAGAUCAAAGAGGCACUUUCUGGAGGAGAAAAAGAGUUCAAUGAAUGCUUCAAGAUCGCGCGGGCGCGUUUUGGACUCUUUGAUGCAACAGAAAAGAGAGGGGAAGUGUAAAGGACUGUUUGGACGAUUGGGUGACUUGGGUGCAAUAGACCAAAAAUUUGACGUUGCAAUUUCUACCGCUUGCGGUCCUCUUGACAACAUUGUAGUAGAUACGGUAUCUACAGCGCAAUGGUGCAUUGAAUUCCUAAAAAGGCAUGAUAUUGGCAGGGCUACUUUUAUUGCAUUAGAAAAACAGGAACACUUGGCUCAACAUGCUAACUCACAAAUCCGAACCCCUGAAAAUGUUCCAAGACUAUUUGAUUUGAUUAAGAUACAAGAUGAUCGUGUACGAACUGCAUUUUACUAUGCUUUAAGAGAUACUUUGGUUGCGAAUGAUCUUGAUCAAGCUUCUAGAAUAGCGUAUGGAGCUCAAAGGUUUAGAGUUGUUACUUUAGGAGGUGACCUUAUCGAAACCACUGGUACAAUGAGCGGUGGAGGCAAGCAAGUUAGCAGAGGUAGAAUGGGUCAAUCUGUAGCCGUAACCAACGUAGAUCCAAAGGAAUUGGAAAAUUUAGAAGCCGAACUUUCCGAAAUGGAACAAAAAGUCCGGCAAUUAAGAGAACGACAAUCGCAACUGGAAUCGCAGGUCAACGUUUUGGAACCAGAGCUAAGAAAAAUGAAGAUUGACUAUGAGAAGUUCUCGAUGGAACUUAAAGCUUUGGAACAACAGCAACCCUCCAUUGCAAAACAGCUUAAAGAACAGGAAGUUAAAGCAAAACAAACGAAAGCAGAUCCUGUUCAAGUUAAAAAACUGACAUUAGUGGUGGAAAACAAAAAAGCCGCCUUUGAUCAGGCAAGUGAAGCUGCCAAUGAGCUUCAGGUGGAGGUUGACAAGCUUACAAAGGAAAUUAAAGCCAAGACGACAGGAAAAAUGAGCGCCAUUGAAAAAAACAUUAAGGAGGCAAAAACAGGUAUUGAUAAAUGCAAGGCCGAAAUAACCAGGCUAAGAGUUGCAUCCAAAACUGCAGAAAGAAAUGCGGAAAAAUCCAAAGAAAAAAUUGCCACUAUGGAACAAGAUAUUACAGACAUGGAAAAUAAGUUAAGAGCAAUGCGAGAUGAACGUUUAGAAAUUGAAAGUGAUGCCGCAAAGUUGCUUCAAUGCGUCGAGGAAAUCACUCAAAAACUUGAAGAUGCAGAAGAAGCAUACAGUGAUGUAAAGAAUACAGUAGCUGAAUUAACUAAAAAAGAAAAUGCAAUUAAAUCAGAUAAAGUUGAUAUUGAUCAAAAGGUUAAAGCUGCCAAUACAAAAUUGAAUGAUUACAAAGCUACCAUACACCAGUGGGAAGUUAAACUAACUCAUCUAAAACUUCAAGAUAUCCCAAAUGAAACUAUGGAAAGUUUAAAAAAAUUUACGUCAGAAGAAUUGGAAGAAAGAAGCGUUGAAGAUGUACAAAAAGAAUUGGAUGCAGCUGAUCAUUUCUUAAAAACUGCAAAACCCAACUUAAAUGCCAUACAAGAAUAUCGUAAAAAACAAUCAGUUUUCGUCGAACGUUCAAAAGAUUUGGAACAAGUAACGGAAAAGAAAAAUCAAAUGAGAAAACUUUAUGAUGAUAUAAGAGUACAAAGGAAAGACGAAUUUUUGGUUGGGUACAACAUUAUAAAAUUAAAGUUAAAAGAAAUGUAUCAAAUGAUAACAUUGGGAGGAGAUGCUGAUUUUGAAAUGGUGGACACAUUUGAUCCUUUUACAGAAGGAAUACAAUUUAAUGUCAGGCCUCCUAAAAAAUCUUGGAAGAAAAUCUCCAAUUUGUCAGGAGGAGAGAAAACUUUAUCAUCACUUGCUUUAGUUUUUGCGUUGCAUUAUUAUAAACCCUCUCCACUUUACGUUAUGGAUGAAAUUGACGCUGCUUUAGACUUUAAAAACGUUUCUAUUGUAGGACAUUACAUCAAGGAACGUACGAAAAACGCCCAAUUUAUAAUAAUUUCGCUGAGAUCGAACAUGUUCGAACUGUGCGAUAAUUUAAUAGGCAUUUACAAAACCUACAACUGUACAAAAACAAUAACUAUAGACCCGAGAAUUUACGAUAACAACCAAAAGAACCAAGACCAAGUUGUCCCUGACACCCAACAAGAACCCAAAGUGGAUGCACCCCUACCCUCCCAAGCCUCUCAAGUUGCUGAAAAAUCUUCGUCGGAAGACAUUAUUGGCCCCACCACUUCUGAAAGUACAAAUAUACAAUCAACUGAAAGUGAAAGUGAACUUUCUGACAGAAUUUUAGAAGAAUCUUUUCGAGCUGAGCCAAUGGAAGUAGACUAGGUUUUAUUUUUAUACUAAUUUUUACUUAAAGUACGUUUGUAUU